GCCGGUGCGGAGCGUGGAGAGCACUCGGCCGCAGCCCUCGCCCGCCGCGGAGGGUCGCGCCCGCGCUGCCGGCCAGGCCGCCUGGUGCCCGGGCCUUUCGGUCCCUGGAGCGGAUCGUUGUCCGCCGGGCGUCCGCCCGCAGCGACUAGCGACAGCGCCCGCCGGAACCGAGGCCGCGGUGGCGGCCGUGCCCAUGACCGGAUCAGAAACCUGGAUUGGUGGCCGAGUUCUGCUUCCAAGAGGAUCCUCUGAGCCAGGAGCUUCCCCAAAGGUCCCCUCAAGGCAGCAGAAACACCCUGCACGCUAAGCCUUGACCUAGCGCCCAGCUGGCUCUGUCCAUGGCUUGGCCUGCUCCCCGGAACCCUGCACAGCGCCGGGCCUGAAACCUUGAGCCGCAGAGGCCGCGCCAGAAGACCACUGCCCCCAGGGAUUUAUGGCAUGCCGGCUGUACCGGGCGAGUCUUAAUCAGGUGUCUGUGUGCGGCCACUUCCCUCUGCCGCCACCUCGCCGCACCUCACCCAGGCGCUGGGACCUUGGAGGACACCCUCCCCUUCUGCGCCACAGGCAGGAUGGGGGACGUGGCCAACAGUUCCAUCGAGUUCCACCCCAAACCCCAGCAGCAGCGGGAGGCCCCCCACGCAGGGGGCUUUGGGUGCACACUGGCUGAGCUGCGCUCCCUCAUGGAGCUCCGAGGGGCCGAGGCGCUGCAGAAAGUCCAGGAAACCUACGGGGAUGUGGGCGGGCUCUGCAGGAGGCUGAAGACCUCACCCACGGAGGGCCUGGCCGACAACACCAAUGACUUGGAGAAGCGCAGGCAGAUCUACGGGCAGAACUUCAUCCCUCCCAAGCAGCCCAAGACCUUCCUGCAGCUGGUAUGGGAGGCCCUGCAGGAUGUGACCCUCAUCAUCCUGGAGGUGGCCGCCAUCGUAUCCCUGGGCCUCUCAUUCUAUGCGCCACCUGGAGAGGAGAGCGAAGCGUGCGGGAAUGUGUCGGCUGGGGCAGAAGACGAAGGGGAGGCCGAGGCGGGCUGGAUUGAGGGGGCCGCCAUCCUGCUGUCUGUCAUCUGCGUGGUCUUGGUCACGGCCUUCAACGACUGGAGCAAGGAGAAGCAGUUCCGGGGCCUGCAGAGCCGCAUCGAACAGGAGCAGAAGUUCACCGUCAUCCGGAACGGGCAGCUCCUGCAGGUCCCGGUGGCUGCGCUGGUGGUAGGGGACAUCGCCCAGGUCAAGUAUGGAGACCUGCUGCCCGCCGAUGGCGUGCUCAUCCAGGGCAAUGACCUCAAGAUUGACGAGAGCUCCCUGACGGGCGAGUCGGACCACGUGCGCAAGUCGGCAGACAAAGACCCCAUGCUGCUGUCAGGCACUCACGUCAUGGAAGGUUCUGGAAGAAUGGUGGUGACAGCCGUUGGUGUGAACUCUCAGACAGGCAUCAUCUUUACCUUGCUUGGGGCUGGUGGAGAGGAGGAGAAGAAGGAUAAGAAAGGCAAGCAGCAGGAUGGGGCGAUGGAGAGUAGCCAGACCAAAGCUAAGAAGCAGGAUGGGGCCGUUGCCAUGGAGAUGCAGCCCCUGAAGAGUGCAGAAGGUGGGGAGACGGAGGAGCGGGAAAAGAAGAAAGCCAACGUGCCCAAGAAGGAGAAGUCGGUCCUUCAGGGAAAGCUCACCAAACUGGCUGUGCAGAUCGGGAAAGCAGGGCUGGUGAUGUCUGCCGUCACCGUCAUCAUCCUGGCCCUCUACUUUGUGAUCGAGACCUUCGUGGUGGAUGGCCGGGCGUGGCUGGCAGAGUGCACACCUGUCUACGUGCAGUACUUCGUCAAGUUCUUCAUUAUCGGUGUCACCGUGCUGGUUGUGGCUGUCCCAGAGGGCCUGCCUCUUGCUGUCACCAUCUCCUUGGCUUACUCUGUCAAGAAAAUGAUGAGGGACAACAACCUGGUCCGCCACCUGGACGCCUGUGAGACCAUGGGCAAUGCCACGGCCAUCUGCUCAGACAAGACAGGCACGCUCACCACCAACCGCAUGACCGUGGUGCAGUCCUACCUCGGGGACACCCACUAUAAAGAGGUUCCGGCCCCCAGCGCCCUGACCCCCAAGAUCCUCGACCUCCUGGUCCACGCCAUCUCCAUCAACAGUGCCUACACCACCAAAAUACUACCUCCAGAGAAGGAAGGCGCCCUCCCACGCCAAGUGGGCAACAAGACGGAGUGCGCUCUGUUGGGCUUCGUCCUGGACCUGAAGCAGGACUUCCAGCCCGUGCGGGAGCAGAUUCCUGAAGAUAAGCUUUACAAAGUGUACACCUUCAACUCGGUCCGCAAGUCCAUGAGCACAGUCAUACGCAUGCCCGACAGCGGCUUCCGCCUCUUCAGCAAGGGCGCCUCGGAGAUCCUGCUGAAAAAGUGCACCCACAUCUUAAACAGCAAUGGGGAGCUGCGCAGCUUUCGCCCUCGGGACCGGGACGACAUGGUGCAGAAGAUCAUCGAGCCGAUGGCCUGCGAUGGGCUCCGCACCAUCUGCAUCGCCUACCGGGACUUCUCCGCUGCCCAGGAGCCCGACUGGGACAACGAGAACGAGGUCGUGGGCGACCUCACCUGCAUAGCCGUUGUGGGCAUCGAGGACCCCGUGCGGCCCGAGGUCCCUGAAGCUAUCCGCAAAUGCCAGCGCGCUGGCAUUACAGUCCGCAUGGUGACGGGGGACAACAUCAACACGGCCCGCGCCAUUGCGGCCAAGUGCGGCAUCAUUCAGCCCGGGGAGGACUUCCUGUGCCUGGAGGGGAAGGAGUUCAACCGGCGGAUCCGAAACGAGAAAGGCGAGAUAGAACAGGAGCGUCUGGACAAGGUGUGGCCCAAGCUGAGGGUCCUUGCCCGAUCGUCUCCCACCGACAAGCACACUCUGGUUAAAGGGAUCAUCGACAGCAACACCGGCGAGCAGCGGCAGGUGGUGGCCGUGACCGGGGACGGCACCAACGAUGGGCCAGCCCUCAAGAAGGCGGAUGUGGGCUUCGCCAUGGGCAUCGCGGGGACUGACGUGGCAAAGGAAGCCUCGGACAUCAUCCUGACGGACGACAACUUCACCAGCAUCGUCAAGGCCGUCAUGUGGGGCCGCAAUGUCUACGACAGCAUCUCCAAGUUCCUGCAGUUCCAGCUGACGGUCAAUGUGGUGGCCGUGAUUGUGGCUUUCACGGGUGCCUGCAUCACUCAGGACUCUCCUCUCAAAGCCGUGCAGAUGUUGUGGGUGAACUUGAUCAUGGACACAUUCGCCUCUCUGGCCCUGGCAACAGAGCCGCCCACUGAGUCGCUGCUGCUGCGGAAGCCGUAUGGCCGGGACAAGCCCCUGAUCUCACGGACCAUGAUGAAGAACAUUCUGGGCCACGCCGCCUACCAGCUCACUACCAUCUUCACGCUGCUGUUCGUCGGCGAGCUCUUCUUCGACAUUGACAGCGGGAGGAACGCGCCCCUGCACUCGCCGCCCUCCGAGCACUACACCAUCAUCUUCAACACCUUCGUCAUGAUGCAGCUCUUCAACGAGAUCAACGCGCGGAAGAUCCAUGGCGAGCGCAACGUCUUCCACGGCAUCUUCGGCAACCCCAUCUUCUGCACCAUCGUGCUGGGCACCUUCGCCAUCCAGAUUGUCAUCGUGCAGUUCGGCGGAAAGCCCUUCAGCUGCUCCCCGCUGUCUACGGAACAGUGGCUCUGGUGCCUGUUUGUUGGUGUUGGGGAGCUGGUCUGGGGACAGGUCAUCGCCACCAUCCCCACCAGCCAGCUCAAGUGCCUGAAGGAAGCGGGGCACGGGCCCGGGAAGGACGAGAUGACCGACGAGGAGCUGGCUGAGGGCGAGGAAGAGAUCGACCACGCCGAGCGGGAGCUGCGCAGAGGCCAGAUCCUCUGGUUCCGGGGCCUCAACCGGAUCCAGACGCAGAUGGAGGUAGUGAGUACCUUCAAGAGAAGCGGUUCAUUUCAGGGUGCUGUGCGCCGGCGGUCCUCGGUCCUCAGCCAGCUCCAUGACAUCCGGGUGGUGAAAGCAUUCCGUAGCUCCCUCUACGAAGGCCUGGAGAAACCCGAAUCCAAGACCUCCAUCCAUAAUUUCAUGGCGACGCCCGAGUUUCUGAUCAAUGACUACACCCACAACAUCCCGCUCAUCGAUGACACGGACGUGGACGAGAACGAGGAGCGCCUGCGGGCCCCGCCCCCGCCCUCCCCCAACCAGAACAACAACGCCAUAGACAGCGGCGUCUACCUGACUACGCGCGGCACCAAGUCAGCUACCUCGUCAGUGUUUUCUUCCCGCCCCGGGAGCCCGCUCCACAGCGUGGAGACGUCCCUCUAAGCAGAACUGCUCUCGGCACGGCACGCGCACUCCCCGCACACACACGCACCCGGGCGGGCCGGACGAGGGCACCGGCCACGAGGAGGGCCCGCCAGGCCGCUGAAGAUGCUCGAAGGCACCUGCCAGGAGCCAAUGCAUUCUAGGCUUCUUACUCAGGAGGACCAGGAAGGGGAAGGAGGAGGAAGGAGAGACCAAGAACAGUUGUGUUCCCCCCUUUUUCUAUGGAAGCUUUUUUAAACGAACACUGUAAUUCCACCAGAUGUUCCCUGUUCGGGCUGUGCAGUGUGGCAGAGGGCCGGUUUCGGUUUAUUGAGAGCUUCGUGGCACCUGCUGCAGAGCAAGUGGAUCCACAGGUACCAGAGGCGAGCACCGCUCUGCAGGAAGGAUGCUCCCACCCAGAUGGUCCACCGGCCCAGCACCCCCUCCCCAGGACGCGUGCAGUCAGCCUGUGUGUGCAUGUGUGCGUAGCCACGUGUGUGCGCGUAUAGACGUGUCCGUGCACACAGGACCAGAUGCGUAUCUAAAGGAUAAGGAACUACUUAACGGCAUGAUAUUUCCAUUUCUCUUAUCGGGUGUUUUCAUUUUGAGAUUUCAUUAUUUAUCGCGGCAGGGUUUUUUUCAGGGAACUAGACUGCAAGAAUAUCCUUCUGGUUGCUUGGGACGCCCCUCCCCCGCACUGCUCCCCUCCCCCCCAGUCCCCUCCAUCCUCCGUACUCCCAGCACAGCUCCUGGGAAGGCAGGCGCGAGGCCGGAGCAAUUACAGUUGGAACAGUUGGAACAUUUGCACUUUGAGACCCCUGCCUAUAGAGAAAAAAACACCAUUCGAUGGAAUUUUUAUUUAAAAGGAAAAUACCAAAGUAUUGACCAGAAUGAUUCCCUCCAGUAGGCCGAAGGGGGAGUUUUGCUUUCGGUUUCCUUUGGUUCCAACUCCAAUUCCAAGUCCUGCAAUCUGGCCAGUGGGUAGGAUUUCUUUGUCAGAGCCCCAACUUCAAGAGCACGAAGCCAGGCCACCUGCCGUGCCUGACCUCCUGGGAUGAUCCGAAAUCCUGGCUCCAGGAGAGCCAGGUCCACGGGUGGAGGUGGGGAAGAAUGCAGAGAGUCAGAAAGAAAGCGGAGACAGACGCUCCCUCCAAACCCAGGAGGAGCCGGCAUGGCCGCAGCGCAGACCCCAGCCCCCUGGACGCCUCCACCUGGACUCCCGCUCCGCUUUGGCAAAUGCCAAGAAGCUGUCGCUGAGACGCCCAUAAAGCGACUGGGAAAGGUUCUCAGUCACCACCCGCAAAGCACUCUUCGGAUCCUGGUGUUCUCGUUCAAGGGCAUGCAUUUGGGGCUGCAGACACCUACGGCGACCUUGGGGAGGCCAAGCCCCUGGGAGCGAUGGUCCCUCGUCUCUGUCGCUAUAAUGGCGAGUGCGGAAGGCUGAGGAGGUCAGCUCUGCCACGUCAUCGGCUGAGCACCUGGUCUGCAGGUGGGGAGAGCUGGGCCUGGGCUCCCCAGACGGUUCCCCCAGGAGCCUCUCCUGGCAGUGUGGGCACGCGGCGUGCCAAGCCUCAGUUUUCCUUGAAUGCGCGACAACCGGGGUGGGAAAUGCAGAAAUAGCAGAGGUUCUUUUACCUUCAGAAUUCUUCUGUCUCACAUUCUGCAGGGAGGAGGUUGGGGUCCAGCCACGGCUAGUACAGGUGCCUGUCGCUCGGGCCUGGGGCUGAGCCGCUGGGGGACAGCUGGGAGCUGAGGGGUGGAGGGGCUCGCUCCGCAGUUGAGCAGCAGCUGGACCAGUGGCAAGGCUGGUUCGCCCAUCCCGUGCCCAUCCCACAGCCCCUGGCCAGGGCUCGCCUUGCCUCCACUUGUGUCUGUGUGCCUCCGGGCAGGCGGCGUCCCAAGCGUGCUCGGUCCCCACUGUUAACAUUAAUGCCAUGUCACCCCGGGCAAAGGAAUUUCGGUUAGAAAAGCAAAUCCCACUGCAAAUGCCAGCUACCGAUAACUUAAAGCCAUCCCUUUCUUCCAAAGGGCACAUUGAGAAGGUUACCCAUUUGUAAAUUGUUCCCUAAUGUCCUUGUUUAAACAACACAAACAGGGCAACUCAAUUUGUUGAGGGUCUGUGUGUUCUUAAACAAGAACUGAAAUUGGAAAUGUUUAAAUUGAAGAAUAUACACUGAGUAAUGCUAUGCUCACGGGCUUCUUUUCAUCCUCUGUUGUAGACACAAGCCUUGCUGCUGCUGUCCAAAGUUGCCUCCUGUACACGGCGAUUGUUUAGUCCCUAGGUUGCCUUUCCAUGGGGUGUGGGGUGCAGAUCGCUGCUCUCAUUUCUGUGUGUCUUCAGGCCAGGGGCCCCAUCUCGUUGGGAAGCCCCUCUCUCUAAAGCAUUAUCUUAUAUGGAAUGGCUUGGUCAACUGUGUUCAGUUAUUAAAUCUGUUUUACAUUUUUAUCUGCCUGUUGUAAAGAUGAACAAAAAUAUCUUAAUGAGGAAGACCACAGAUACAUAAUAAUUUAAAGUCUGUAGUUGAAUUUCCUAAUUUAAAGAAUAGACCAAAAUUUCUGUGUAUUGAAAAAAAAAAUGAAAGGCUCCCACAAUCUCA